CCCACAUGUAACAAUAAUUGAAAUUCUCAUCCCAAUUUUUCAGAAGGCAAACACUUUGUUAGUCACUCAGAGUGCUUUCAGGUCAUAACCGCAAAGGAUAGAAACGAGAAUACAGUAGAUAUGGCUCAUGCAAGUGUGGCUUCUCUUAUGAGAACAAUAGAAUCGCUCUUGACAUCCAAUUCAUCAAUGCAAACUCUAAUCUGUGAUCACAGAGAUGAAAUUUGCGCUCUUCAGGAAAAGAUUAGUUCCCUGGAAGUAGUCAUCAAGAACUUAGAGAAAAACAAUAUUUCUGGGGAACUGACAGAUUUGGAAGUUCAGAUAAAUGAAGUUGCAAAUAUUGUUGAACAAACAAUUCAACUAAGAGUAACUGAAGUUUUAUUGGCAAAUGAUGAAAAUCUGAGAGAAAAGGCACAUGAGAGGCUUUCUGAUAGCCUGCAACAAGUAGCAGAGGAUAUUGAUCGUAUUUGGUAAGAGUCGACAAAUAUCCAGGAUAAGGGCAAACAUGCAUCAAAGGAAUCAACGGUUCAAGAGUUUCCAAGCUCAUCAAGAAAUAUUCUGAAUGUUGAGAAUAGUAUGGUUGGAUGUGAUGAUCAGAGGAAACAGUUGGUAGAAGAUCUUACUAGAAGCUACUCUGGUGAACCCAAAGUCAUCCCGAUUGUCGGGAUGGGUGGCAUAGGUAAAACAACCUUAGAGAACGAAGUUUACAAUGAUGCGUACAUUCGUUCUCAUUUUGAUGUUUGUGCCUGGGCUACUAUUUCGCAACAGCACAAUGUAAAGGAAAUCUUGUUGAGCCUUCAGUGUUCUACUAAGAGUGACACAUUUGACAUAAACGAUGAAGCAGAGCUUGCAAACAUGCUACAAAAGAGUUUAAAGGGUAAGAGAUAUUUAAUUGUAUUGGAUGACAUGUGGAAAACUGAAGCAUGGGAUGCCAUGAGACUAUGUUUUCCAAGUGAAAACAAGGGGAGUGGAAUAUUAUUGACGACCCGUAACAAUGAAGUAGCUUGUUAUGCUGAUACAGAGAAUGUUUCUUUGCGGAUGAGCUUCAUGGAUCAAGAUGAGAGUUGGAGUCUUUUCAAAAGUGCAGCAUUUGCAAGUGAAGCAUUACCAUCUGAGUUUGAGACUACUGGGAAGCAAAUCACAGAGAAAUGUCACGGGUUACCAUUAACUAUAGUCGUGGUUGCUGGACUUCUCAAAUCUAAAAGGGCAAUAGAAGACUGGGAAAAUGUUGCGAAAGAUGUCAAGUCAUUUGUCACAAAUGAUCCUGAUGAACUAUGUUCACGUGUGCUUGGGUUGAGUUACAAUCACAUGACUAGCGAUCUAAAAGCCUGUCUUCUGCAUUUUGGGAUUUUUCCAGAAGACAGUGAGAUACCAGCGAAGAAUUUGAUGAGAUUAUGGAUGGCUGAGGGGUUCCUGAAGUUGGGAAAUGAUUUGGAAGGAGAGGCUGAGAAGUGUUUGCAAGAGCUUGUCGGUAGAUGUCUAGUCCUCGUCUGCAAGAAAAGUCAAGAUGGAGCAAAAAUUAGAUCAUGUAAAGUUCAUGAUCUAAUAUAUGACCUGUGGGUGAGAGAAAUUCAAAGGGAGAACAUUUUUAUCAUUAAUGACAUUGUGCUUGAUUACUCAGAUUCAAAACGGCGAUAUCUCAGUAUGCAAAAAAUGCAGCCCUUUAAAUGCGUGACUGGUGAUAAAAUUGAUUGUUGUCCCUAUGGUCUUUAUAGGGCUCUUCUUACCCCUGUACAUCAUCAUGAAAACAACGAUCUAUUGAAAUGAACCCGUUCUAUUUUCUCUUUUCAUCUUAAGGAUUCAUAUUAUUUUUUCAAAUCACAGCUUAUUCAUUUCAAAUUACUCAAAGUCUUGGAGUUGAGACACAAAGAGAUUGAUAAUUUCCCUGUAAAGAUACUAAGCCUCAUCUGGUUGAGGUACCUAUCAUUGCAAUGCUAUGAGAAUUUAAACAUACCUCCAGAAAUUUGCAGGUUAUGACUCACAUAACGGUUGGACAACACUACAGCGGUCUUAGCUUCUUCGACAGUGCUCAU